AGAGUGAUGCAGUAAAGGAGCUGGGCACCUCCUUCCCCCUUUAUUUCUCCGUCUGCUCCUCUCAGUCUCUCUCUGCUUUCCCUUUAUAUCCCCUUCCCCCUCUGGCCGGGAGAGCCAGUCACUUCCCGCGAGCUGGACUAGCUCCUCCUGGGACGCGCGGAGACGGGGCGGGUUCCAGCAGGACAAGCCUCCGGCUCCGCAGCUCUGCCGCCCGGGCUGGUGUUGAGGGACACAGGAAGGGGCUGGAGCAGCAGAGCAGGCUGGAGCGGAGGGUGCUGCUGGGAGGAAGGAGGCAGCAAUCGAGGAGAACAAAGAGCGGAGCUGGCUGCUGUUUGCAUUGGGGUCAGAGAGCCGGGCUAAGUAGCUGCUACUUCUCCUGUGCUGGGGGAGACCUGCGUUGCAACUCCCGAGGGGGGCUUUCUCCAGUGGAAACCAGCUCCGGGCUCUGCCCACCCCAGUCCUGAGCCGAAGACUGCAGGCUGCAGAGGACUGUCCCUGUUUCACGCCGGCUUGGCUCAGCCUCCAAUGGGACAGGGAAGGGGAAUGGCUGCAGUGGAGCCUGUUCAGGGGCUGGUGACCUUCGAGGAGGUGGCUGUGUAUUUCACCAGGGAGGAGUGGGCUUUGCUGGACCCUGCUCAGAGAGCCCUCUACAGAGAUGUCAUGCAGGAGAAUUAUGAGAAUGUGACCUCGCUGGCAGGGUUUCCAGUUUCCAAACCCGAUGUGAUCUCCCAGCUGGAACAAAAGGAUGAGCCAUGGGUCUCAGAUCUCCAUGCUUCUGAAGAAAGAGAGAUCCCGAAAGGUGCCUGCACAGGUGAGGGGAUGGUGAAUGAGAAAAAGGAGCCGAAUCCUCAGCCAGAAGUGGCUGAGCAAGUGGAACUGCAUGUGGCAUUAAUGCAAAGAUCCCAGUUGAUUGUGUGCAGGAGUCAUGAGCAGGGAAAAGCCUGUAAGAGUCAGCACAGACCAGAGAGGCAGCAGGGAACCCAGCCAGGGUGGGAAAUGGGGAACUCCAUUAAUUAUCGGGAAGUUUACGAAGACCGCAAGGAAACCAGAGCCCAGAAGAGAAUCUCCCUGGGAGACAGAAACAACACAUGCACUGAGUGUGGGAAAAGUUUCAGUAGUCACUCACACCUUACUAAACAUGAGAGAAUCCACACAGGAGCCAGGCCCUAUGGAUGCUGUGAGUGCGGGAAAAGCUUCACUCUGAGCUCACACCUUAUUGUACAUCAGCGAAUCCACACUGGAGACAGGCCCUAUGAAUGUUGUGAAUGUGGCAAAAGCUUCACUGACAGCUCAACCCUUAUUAGACAUGAGAGGGUCCACACAGGAGAGAGACCCUAUGAAUGCUGUGAGUGUGGGAAAAGCUUCACUCAGAGAUCAGCCCUUGUUACACAUCAGAGAAUCCACACAGGAGAAAGACCCUAUGAAUGCCAUAAGUGUGGGAAAAGCUUCAGUCGGAGCUCAACUCUUAUUACACAUCAGAGCAUGCACACAGGCGAGAGACCCUAUGAAUGCUGUGCGUGUGGGAAAAGCUUCAGUCAGAGCUCAUCACUUAUUACACAUCAGAGAAUCCACACAGGAGAAAGACCGUAUGAAUGCUGCGAGUGCAGGAAAAGCUUCAGUUACCGCUCAGACCUUGUUACACAUAAGAGAAUCCACACUGGAGAGAGACCCUAUGAAUGCUGUGAGUGCAGGAAAACCUUCUCUCGGCGCUCACACCUUAUUACACAUCAGAGAAUCCACACAGGAGAGCGCCCCUAUGAAUGCUGUGAAUGCGGGAAAAACUUCCGUCAGCUCUCAGCCCUUAUUAGACAUCAGAGAAUUCACACGGGCGAGAGACCUUAUGAAUGCUGUGAGUGCGGGAAAAACUUCCGUCAAAGCUCAGCCCUUACUGCACAUCAGAGAAUCCACAAAGAAGACAAACAACAUUAAACCCUUC